AUGAUCAAUACUGAGGCCGACAUCUGCUUCAACUGGGGAUGUAGCGGCGGCGCAUGUGUAAAGGUAUCCUCCAAGACCUGUCCCCCAGUCAAGUGCCAAAAUAUCGAUGGCUGUGACGGCACCCUUGGAUGCCAUUACAAGCCCAAGUGCGUGGCCCCAGACGCCUGCACCACGAACACUUGUAAUGACAAUGGAGAUUGUGUGUCCGCGCCAGUAAUAUGUCCACAGACCGACAAGUGGUGCACUGACUACUCAUGCGACAAGACCUUGGGAUGUGUGAGCACUGCCAAGAGCUGUGCACCAGCCGAUCCUGCUCCAUGCACAAUCUACUCUUGUGUUCCAGGAGUUGGAUGUGUCUCCAAAUUAUCCAACAGUACCGAGUGCACUUGUUGCGACCCUAAGUCGACACCAAUGUGCAUGGUGGCCAGCUGCGAUGCACAAUCCGGAAAGUGUGUCUACACCAAUGUCACUGUGGACGACAACAACCCAUGCACUGUUGAUGCUUGCAACCCAGUCACUGGAGCGAUCACUCACACUCCCAAACAGUGCAAAGGUUGCCAGACAUGCGACCCGACCAACCCUCUUGGUUGCAAGGACACAGACAGUGUCUGCUCAAACGGAAACGCAUGCAGUGUGGGACAUUGCAAUGAUGGUCAAUGCUCAUUCACGAUGAGGUCAUGUGAUGAUGGCAAUCCAUGCACAAAGGACACAUGCGAUGCUGCAUUGGGAUGUCAACAUCCCGAUAUGGUCUGUCCUGACCUCGACCUAUGCACCGUGGGCACAUGCGUCAAAGGUGUGGGAUGUUCAUACACCAACGCAACCUGUAGCUCUGAACAAUACUGCACGGAAUCAUUAUGUGAUAAGAGACUUGGAUGUCUGAAGUUCCCAAGACAAUGUGUUCCAAAGAAUCCACAAUGUCAGAUUGGUGUAUGUGAUGUCAAUCUCCAAGCGUGCAAGUUCACAGAUAUCCUCCCAAUCCCAGACAUAUGCAAGACACCCGCUACCACCUCCACUACCACCUCAACUACCACCACGACUACCACUACCACUACUGGCGGCCACACUUCGAAUCAAGGAACUACCACUGGCGGAACAACUACCUCAUCAUCCGCCACUGGACGAUCAAGCCACAAUGUAUUGAUCAUGUUGCUUCUUAUUGGCCUUGUAUGUGCAUUAUCACUCUAA